AUGUCGCGACGACUGCUCUCGUUAGUCUUCUCCCGCCGUGCCUCCUCACAGCCGGCUCGACCCGAUCAGGAGAUUCACGAUGCGCGCCAGUGGCUGUCGGCACUAUCCCCCGAAUCUAUCCCCCGCCUAGGCCAGGUGUCGUUCAGCCGGGCUAGCGGGCCCGGUGGCCAGAACGCUACCCUGAAAGUGCCCUUGCAGGACUUGCUGCCCCUGGUGCCCCGCCUCUUGCACCCCGUGUUGCGAGCCUCGCGCUAUGCCACAGACCGCUCCCAGAGCCUUGUGAUUCAGUCGGACGAGUCGCGCAAACAGGCUGCCAAUGUGGAUUCUUGUUACGACAAGCUCUAUGAGCUCCUCCAGUCCAUGGCCCACGAGGUGAUCCCCGGGGAGACCUCUCCAGAGCAAAGACAUCGGGUUCAGAAAUUACAGCGGGCACAGAACGAAGCCCGAAUCAAGAACAAGAAACUACACAGCAGCAAGAAAAGUAGUCGACGGGGGAAACACGAUGAUUAA